UGACAUUAAACAUUUUAAAAAAAAGAUACUUGAGCAUUCAUGUUACCAGAAACCAUAUUUUACAAUGUUUAGGGUAAAUUCAAUUUUAGCUGCCUCAUGUCCAUAGAGCUGGAGAGAAGAUUGGCUUGCAAAUAAAUAUAUAUAUUUACAGAUUUGUCAAAAUAGGCAGCCACAGAUAUAUAGCAACAUUUCUACACACAUAGUGCUUAAAUAUUUAUCUUUGGUCCUAAAGGCCUGGAGGGGAAGGGAGCAAUAAGACCUUGUCCUUCCAGGUCUACAUGUUCCUAGAACAAUUUCAAAGUUGAUUCUCCCAACUUUCCCCCCUUUUCCUCUUCUUCUGUUGCCUUCCCCACAAGUUUUAAGGGCAGAUGGAAUGAGAUGGGGGACGACCAGCAAAGAAAGCCAGGGCUAGUCGUUCCAACGUUAGUAGCCCAGUUCAGCUGCGGCCAUUUUAUAUAUGGAAGGGGGGGCGUCAGAGCAACAGACGGGGUGGGGGCAAAGGUGUUGCUUUCCGUCGGCAAACUGGCGACACCUUCUUUCUAAACGUGUGAAGGGCUGGCCUUAUUUAGGGAAGGAGGGGAAUCCCCCCCCCAAAAAGUGGGGGUGGGUGGGUGGAAGAAAGGGGCUGGUAGACGUGAACUGUCUUCAGCCGGGCAGGCGGUCCGAGAAGAGCGGCGAAAAGGGAAAGCGUUGUCCGCAGUGACCGGCGCCCGCCACCGCGGCGGAGAAGGGGGAGGUGGAAGCCGCCGCCAGCGGAAUCUCCCGGCUCGGUCGGGUUCAUUCUUCCUCACCAACCCCGCCUCUGGGUGGCAAGCGGCGUAGCGGCCAGGGAAAGGAAACCGGGCAGGCAACCAGCGUGACUAGCCGGGCCUCCUCCUCCUCUUGUCUCCCUCUUACGAAGCGCUGGGGGAGUGCUUGGUGACGCCGGACACAAUAAGGGAAGGCGGGUGAGGGGAGCGAAGGCAGCGCGGCUUUUCCUCCGUCUCUCUCUCUCUCCCCCCCCGUGCUCUCCAGGCCUUGGCGGGCGACUGGGAGUCUGGUUUCCGAGGGUUGUUGGAGCAUUUUCUCUCUCUCUGCCCUCUCCCCACCUCUACCCGGGCUCCGGUCCUAGUCAGUGUUAAGUCAGCUUCUGACACGGUAGGUGAGGCAAGGCGGCAGAAGGCGCAGGCCGUAAGGGAAGGCCUAGUCCUGAGGAGCCGGCCUCUGGGCCGACAACGCCGCCUCAGCGCGAUGGUGUGAGGAGGGAGCCGCGUCGGAGUGAAAGAUGGCCGGUGGCGGCGGCGGCGGCGGCGGUGGCGGCGGGGGAGCCAUCGGCAGGAGCGUCGGGGGCUUGAGACAGAGCGACUUUCUCGACGCUUUGGAUAGAUCACAAUCCAAGAGGGAUGGAGGUUUUAAAAAUAACUGGAGCUUUAAUCAUUCAGAAGAAAGUGAAGGAGAUACAGAGAAAGAUGAAGCCAGUGUGCUGAGUGCAGAUGAGAGUGAUGGAACCAGCAGCCCCAAUGGUGAAAAAAAGCUACCAUUUUACAGCUCAGUAACUUUUGGUACCAGAAGUGAUUGCUUGAGAACAUACACAAGACGGAACAAAACAGACACUUCUAGGGUUUUAAAAGGAAAUUCAACUGGACUCAACAUGUUGGGAAGCACUAAGAAAAUAGGUGAAAAUGUCCAGAAUAUAUCUUGCCCUGGAACACUGGUACAAGUUAAACGUCACCACACUCAUGGACAAACACCGAUGGUAAAAACAGCUGCUCAAAGCAGUCUGGAUCGAAAAGAAAGAAAAGAGUAUCCCCCUAAUAUUAUGAAGAUGGAUAAUGAAUGUAAUAGAUUAUCUCGGCUUCAGGAGAUCAAAAGUGUGAUGGAGAACAGAGAAGAAUCUGGGUCAGAAUCAGAUUCAGGAAUUACAAGGAAGGUACAACUGAAACGUCACUGCACUUUAUAUCACUCUGGUUUGCUUCCACCUCCUGCUACAAAAAAAUGUGCUACCCACCUAGAGGGCUCAGAACAGAAUAAUUACUCCGCAGUUUGCCCAUGUGCUGGGAAGACCAGUGAAAGUCAGCCCAAAUGUCAAGUUUGUGGAAACUGUUGUGUUGGCGGCUCACAAAGACAGUGCAUUCAAAGCAUGGCAGUAAAUGAUUCUUUGGGAUCUUUAGCACGAGAAUCAAUACAUGUUGAGAAUUUAUCAGGGCAGAAAUCUUUAAGUGCAGGAGUAAACCCAAAAAAGUUUUAUGGAUCUCCAUCAGGAACAGUUUCAGUUCAUUUCAUGGUGAGGCGCAAUGUAGGCCCUACUAUGCUGCGACCAAAUGGAAAAGUUAGCUCCAAAAUUAUGGGAAACUUAAAGCAGAGAAGUACGACAACAUCUGAUUUAAAUGAUCCAAUUGUUUUGUCCAGUGAUGAUGAAGAGGAUGAUGAGAUUGGCAUCACAAAUAGAAUGGAGAGCAUAUCACCACGGCCAGCUGACUCAGCCUGUUCUUCUCCUGCACCUUCCACAGGAAAAGUGGAGGCAGCCUUGAAGGAGAACAUUCAUGAACUGGAACAAAGGUUAACUGGUAUUACAGCUGACACAGAACCUGCUGUUACAUUACCAAGAAAAGCAAGAAUGAAAGAUCAGUUUGGCAAUACUGUAUCCAGUGCUCCAGUAAAACGCCGUAAAGUUCUUCCCCAUGAGAUUGCAGCUAAUGUUGGUGCACCCUUAAAAUACCAAGAAAGCGUCAUCCUAAAUUGCCGCAGUAUAAGAAUAGGAACUCUGCGAAGAAUGGUUAUAGAACCUGUAAUUUUUUGCCUAGACUUUAUCAAGAUAUACUUGGAAGCAUCUGAAAAUGACACUAGGGAAAUUAAUUUAAAAACGUCUGAACUUACGAAAUGUGAAUGGUGUGGUGUACGAAAGUUGCCAGUUGUUUUUCUGCAAACUAUACCUGCUGCCUGCCAAAGCUUGAGAUCUCAACUGAAGAUGAACAAAGAGAAAGAUAAUGUCUGGUAUGACUGCAAAGGAGCAAACCCAGAAGAACAAUACAUCAUUUUAAUUUUUGAUACAGGCCUUGACCCUCGUGCAAAUGCAGUAUUUGAAAAAAUAAUCACUGAUAUUGGUGUCAGAAAUAACAUUCCUGAUUUUUUUAUGAAGAUUUCUUUUGAAGAAGCAAAUAGUAGGCUUGUGGCCUUUACAAAAUCCUUUGAAGACACUUCAAGGGGAAGCAUUACUCAUAAAGAAGGCAAAACAAAACAUGUUGUCUCUGAGUCCAGGAUGCAACUGCGAAAUGCAACAGAGUUCCAGUUCUUUGAUGAUGAUGAAAGUGGGGAGCCCCAUACAGUUUUUAUUGGUCCUAUAGAAAAAUUGAUAGUUUAUCCUGCUCCUCCAUCAAAGGGUGGCAUUUCUGUGACCAAUGAAGAUCUUCAUUGUUUAAAUGAAGGAGAAUUUUUAAAUGACGUCAUCAUUGAUUUUUAUUUAAAAUACCUUGUCCUUGAAAAGUUGAAACAGGAAGAUGCUGAUAGGAUUCAUGUGUUCAGCUCCUUCUUCUACAAACGCCUUAAUCAAAGAGAAAGGAGAAACCUUCAAGAAACCUCAGAACUCACAAUCCAGCAGAAACGCCAUGGCCGAGUGAAAACAUGGACACGACAUGUUGAUAUCUUUGAAAAAGAUUUUAUUUUUGUUCCCCUUAAUGAAGCGGCACAUUGGUUUUUGGCUGUCAUCUGUUUUCCAGGUUUAGAAAAACCAAUAUAUGAAGCUAAUCCAUAUUACCAGGAACAUGUAUCUGCACAGACUAAGUCAUCUUCUUUAGAUCCUGAGAGAAGCACUUCAUCUCCUUUACCUAGUGAAUUAGAUUUAUUACAGCAGUCCCCUGCAAUGAUUGCAAGGAAGGUGGCGAACAAGAAGCUCAGUCCAGCAUUAACUGAAACAAACACAGAAGCUGAGGAGAGUGAGUCACUGUAUUGCAAAAAAACCUCUUCUGUCAAGGGUGGUUUUAAAAAACUGAAUCAGUUAAAUAACACCACAGAAGAACUGAGAAUUGUAGAAUACGUAUGUCAUAAACAUGACCAGAGGACUUUAGAGGCAAAUGGCAUACAGUGUGAAUAUAAAACUCAGAUCCAAGCUGCUGAUGGUUUACAGAAAAUCAGGCUAAACUAUAGCGAAGAUUCAGCUGACAGCAGUAAACUAAAUGAAGAUGAGCUUAUAGAUUUUUCGGAAGAUCAGGAUAACCAGGACAAUAGCAGUGAUGAUGAUGGUCUUGCAGAUGAUAAUUGUAAUUCAGAAUUGGGACAGUGGCAUCUGAAACCAACUAUAUGUAAACAGCCUUGCAUCCUGCUUAUGGAUUCCUUGAGAGGCCCAUCCCGAUCAAAUGUCGUAAAAACGUUACGGGAAUACUUGGAAGUGGAGUGGAGAGUAAAGAAAGGUAGUAAAAGACAUUUCUCCAAAGAUGUCAUGAAAGGCUCAAACCCUAAAGUGCCACAGCAGAACAACUUCAGUGAUUGUGGAGUUUAUGUGUUACAGUAUGUGGAGAGCUUUUUUGAGACUCCCAUUGUAAGUUUUGAACUACCAAUGAAUUUAACUGACUGGUUUCCACGCUCAAGAAUGAAAACAAAACGAGAAGAAAUAAGAAACAUAAUCCUGCAUCUACAAGAACAGCAGAACAAGGAAAAGAAGGGACAGAAGGACAUUAAUUUUACAGAAAAAUCUUUUCAGGAAGGAACAGAACAAUUUAUCAGCAGCCUUUCAGAUUGAUUAUUGUCUGUUGCAUGUUAUCUCUACAUUUUUAACAAAAAAAACAACAACCCUGAAAUGUUCCAUGUUCUCUCUGCCCAAACUAAGGACUUGGAGUAUUACCAGUUCAGACUUACUGUUGAUCCUUAUAAGUAUGUUUCAUUAAUUGAACAGAUUCCCCUCAAUGUAUUAACUGGACAAAUAUGUACAUAUGUUAAUUAGGCCAACUUUUUUCAACAUUUGUAAUUAAGUUUUUCACUACUUAGGAAACCUUUGUUAUGUAUUUUUGUUAAUAGAAUUUAAUAGCAACUUCUAGAGGCAAAGCAAAUAAAGAAAAUAUUUAUAGGAUGAUUUGGUUAACUUUUCCUGUUUAAAGUUGUCAUCCAACAUUUUUCCAUUAAGAGUUCUAUAAUGCAUGGGGGAUUCUUAUGUAGCAAGGUAAUCAGAUCCAUACUUUUAAGUUACAGUUGCCAUUACAAGAUGUUCUGCUUCAGCUAUGUAAAAUGUAAAAAUGUGUCUAAAUGCAUUGUGUUUCCAAGGUGAGUGGUUUGCAUUUAAAAUCCAAGUGCAGGCAAUGUAAUCUUGAGUAAGGAAUGCUUCAGAUAAUGAAAGAGGGAACUUCACAAGUGCUUGGGAUAAUGCUGCUUUCUGAUCACAAAUCUUACUCAAGCAGUAUUUAAUACAAUCUCAAAUACAGUCAGUUUAAGUAAUACUGUUGGAUCCUUUUUUGUGGUUCCUGAAUGUUGUUUAACUGUAUUUUGACAAUUCUUUCAUUAUAAAAUUGUAUUUUUGGUAAUUGUGCUUGAAAUAGCAAAUUGCUCACAUCACAUUUUUCUGUGUCAGAAUUCUGAAUGUUGCAUUCCUAUGUGCUUUAUCUAUCUGAUGAACAUUUUUUAAAUGUAUGAGUACUAUAUUUUGUAAUGCCAGGAAAACCAAAAUAUUGCUGGACUUCAUUGCUUGCUUGCUUCUUAACUUUAGGUAGAGCUGUCUAAUAUUACUGCGUCAACUUGUUGGCAUAUUUCCACAGCGUAAUUUGGAUUUUAAGUUACAUAAAACCAACAGCCUUAUGAUACCAGCUUCUCUGAAAUUUCGAAAGAAAGCACCUACUUUCCUUUAAAAAAUACUCAAAAAGUAUUGUACUGAAAACAAGGGAAUAGAAAUUUUUGUGUCAAAAAAAAAGACCCUGUGUUCUUCUAUGGUGAGGGAUAAUGGUGUUGAAUGGAAGAAGGGGUUGUAGAUGAAGAAGGGUGUUCAUCCCAUCAUCAGCCCAGUUUUUCAGUCUGUUUACAGGAGAACACUCUACAUGGAAACUGUUAUACCAUUUUGUGUCAGCUCUUGAUUCUCACAGUGGUGUUACUUGCUCUGUAAUCACAUUUUGCAGAAGCAGCUAGCCCAGCCUUGUUUUGUCUAAAUUAAGAUUGCUUUGUCGAAAGAUGUUCCAAAGAUCACAUGCCUGGACAGUAGGCAGUAGGCAGUAUCAUUUUGGUCCAUCACACAAGCUGCUUAAAUGCCAUUGGCCUUAGUUUAAGAAGCUUAAUGGGGCCUGCAGCUUUGGUGACUUCUUUUAUCACACUCUUCUGCAUAAUUUGUGUUCAUCAGAUGAUAAAUUGCAGCACCAUCAUGACAUUGCUGGUGUUGCAAAAUACUAGUGAAAUUGACCACUCUUAAGAUUCAAAUAGGUUCAACUCUUAUACAAUCAGUUAAAAAGUGGAUAACUGAAAUUAAAUUAUUCUGUAUUUGUGCCUGAAUUAUUUGACAGUUAUGAGGGGAAAAAAUAGAAAAAGCUAGCUGGAGUGCACAUAAGAGAGUCACAACAAAUUUACACAGUUUGUUCUUUUUGAAACACCUCCCCUCAUUCCUGAACACAUUCUAGUAGAGGAGAUCUGUCUGGAAAAAUAUAUAUCUUCCAUUGCAAAAUUACUUGUUGCAAUUUUUUGGUUUAGCAAAAUGAGAUGUGGGGGGAGUUGCUUUUUUUUCUAAACAAGUUGUGUUGUCCUUUAGUUUCUGAUUAUUUAGUUCUAAUCUUGAGAAUGGCCUGGAGCUUGUGUUCCUUUCCCAAGAUGUGAAGAUUGCAAUGUUUCCCUCUUAAAAUUAUGGUAGUCAAUAAGCAAUGGAGCAAGCUGAUACACACGUUGAUAUAGAUCUAUUUUUUUAAUAAAAUGAUGGAAAACAA